GCCCGACGCUCGUAGCUCCUGAACUAGUCUAAGACCUCUGUCUCCGACAUUGACUUUCGGGAACAAACUCUCCUCGAGGUUUGCUGGUGACUCGAGUCAGCCAUCCUCGUCUUUGCUCUCUUUUGUAUUCUGUUGUACGAGCUGCGGACAUCAACAAUGAUAUGUAUCCUUAUUUUACUCUCCAUCAUGAUUUUUCUGCCUUCGGUACUGGCCCAAGCUAACGGCUGCACGCUCAACGACGCCAAAGCCAAAGUCCUGUCCGUCAACUCCAAUGUCGUGUGCCAGUCCCAAUAUAGCUGGAUGGACAAUCACCUGCAACAGUCGCCGUGCCUUGUCCUGGCGUACUUGUUGGCGAGAUGCAACGAAGGAAGCUGGACUAUCCAGCCUCUGCAGAACAAUCCCAUCACCUCGUACAAUACACCCGGGCAGACGUGCACGCCUGUAGACGUCUGUGAAUGUUCCUGGUCUGCAUACAAUCUGAUCAGCGCUUGCACCUUGUGCCAAGGCUCAGCAUUUGCAGAGUCGGUCCAUACCUGGGAUGCAUACAAGACUAACUGCACCGGCUACUACUCUACAAGCACAUAUUGGCCCACAAGUAACUUCACCGUGCCAGACACCACUGCCAUACCGUACUGGGCGGGUACCGAUCCUACGACAUGGUCGAACGGGAUAUUCGAUCUGACUUCAGCUCAGAAUCUGGCUGGGCAGGGCCAUUCCGACCUCCCUGAUGACACUUCGUCGAAGAAGACCCCUGUCGGCGCAAUUGCGGGUGGUGUAGUCGGCGCUAUCGCGCUGCUGUCUGCUAUCCUUGGUAUUGUAGCCUGGAGAAUUAUCCGCAAGCGUCGACAGGCCAAAGAGAACUGGGAGCAGCCAGGAGUCAACGGGAACAACGGGACGCUUCACAAGCAUUCACUUUCCGGCACGACGGCCUUCUCAGGCGACAUGACCGAGAUGGGCACCACCACUCCCCUCAACCUGAGCGGUAUGGCGAACACGAACACGACCACGGCCGCUGUGGCACACCGCAAUACCUACGUUUCCCGCCGGAUGCCGAGCACAGAAUUCACGAUCGCAUCCACGGACGUCGAAGGCGGCCUCUCCCCCUCGCGGGCAGGCUGGCACAGCCGGACGACGAGCGCCGGGUCUGAGAGCACCACCUCGCUGCACCACCAAUCCCAGUCCAUCGACGUCAUUCUCUCUUCGCCUCGCCGAGACGUGACCUCUCCGUCUCUUCUGGACGACGAUGAUCAAGGCGAUUAUAUCACGACGCCGCCUAGGUCAAGACAGCGCUUCAACCCUCCCUCGUAUGCCGAUGUGAUUGCGGCCACUCCGCCGCGGCAGGGGGCAGGUGGGAGUCAUUCGCCGUCGCCCAGUACGUCUACGAAUACCGGUACCCCUGGUAGUGAUAUGAAGAAGGUCCCAGAGAAGAGGAGAUUAGCUGCGACCACGGCGGCUGAUACCUCAGUGGACACAGCGGCGGACACAGCGGCGGACACGACAGCGGAUACAACCGUGGAUGCCUCUGCGGAUGCGAGUGCAAUCCGGGAGAAGGCGCCUCGGGAGUGA